CAAAACUAGAGUACAUAGGUUUAAGGUGAGAGGGGAAAGAGGAAAGAUAAUAGGGGAAGUUGAAUAAUAGGGGAAAGAUAAUAGGAACUUGAGGGGAAUUUAUUUUACAGAGGGAGGUGGGUAUAUGGAACGAGUUGCUAGAUGAGGAACUUGAGACAUAAACUAUAACAACAUUUAAAAAGACAUUUGGAUAUGUACAUGGAUAGGAGAGGGUUAUAUGAAUAUGGGCCAAACACAGGUGAAAUAGCACUAUUGUGAGCGGUUGAUCAAUGGCCGGCAUGGGCUGUGGGCCGAAGAGCCUGUUUCCAUGCUGUAUGACUAUGAUUCUCUCUGUAGAUGUUGGAAUCGGAAACAAAAAUAGAAAAUGCUGCAGAAACGCUGCGAAUCAAGCACCAUCUGCGGAAAGAGAAACCAGUCAAUAUUGCAAGUCAAAGAUCCUUCCACAGAACCAGGGAAGAAAGCAAGAAAUUUAGUAUAGUUUUGAGUUACAGCAUGGAAACAGGCCCUUCGGCAUACUCAGUCCAUGCCGAUCAUUGAUCAUCCGCUCACACUAGUUCUAUUUAAUCCCACUAUCGCAACCACUCCCUGCACGCAUGGGGCAGUUUUACAGAGGCCAAUUAAUGUACAAACCCACACGUCUUUGGGUUGUGAGAGGAAACCAGAGCACUCAGAGGAAAUCCAUGCGGUCACAUGGUGAAUGUGCAAAUUCCACAGCACCUGAGGUCAGGAUUGAACCUGGAUCUCCUGAGCUGAGAGGCAGCAGCUCUACCAGCUGCGCCACUGUGCUGCCUAUUUUCUGUCAUUCUUUAUUUGUUCCAUGAACUGAAGAACCAUUGGUUGGUUUGGAGCAUCAGACAUUGAGGGAGACGUGAAUAAAGCUCAUGAUGAAUAAAGCUGAAUAAAGCAAAUUAUGUUCUAUGUUCCAUGUAUGUUCUAAGAACAGGGAAUGCUGGAAGAGUGUAGGAAGGAACUGCAGAUACUGGUUUACGCCAAGGAUAGACACAAAAUGCUGGAGUAACUCAGCGAGUCAGACAUCAUCUCUGGAGAAAAGGAAUAGGUGACGUUUUGCAUCGAAACCCUUCUUCAGAAAUGCUCAAAAUUUUAGGCAGGUCAGGCAUCAGUGGGUUGAGAAAUAGAGUCAGUGUUUUGGGUCUAGGACUUUUCAUGAGUGGAAAAUGUGAGAGAGCAAAUGUGUUGAGCUGCAGAGAGGAGAAGAUGAGAGAACAGAGCAAAUGUCUGUGAUGUGUCAUCUUCUCCCAACAGCCUGUUUUUUAAUGUAAUUGUUACCUUGGCAACUUCGAUCUGCAUCCUAUCACAGACUUUCCUUCUGUUGCUCCACCUCCUCCUCUGUACAACUUCAAACACGCCUUGCUUAUUCAGGUUUAGGUUCAUGUUAAGAUUUAUUAUUUUCACAUGAACCGAACUACAGUGCAAAGCUUUGUUUUGCAUGCUAUCCAAUUAAAUCAGAUAGUACUGAAGAAGAGUCAUGACCCGCAACGUCAUCUAUCCAUGUUCUCCAGAGAUGCUGCCUGACCCGCUGAGUUACUCCAGCACUUUAUAUCUCUUUUUUGAUUUCUCCCUUAUCUUAUAUUAAUCUUGGGAUAUUCCAGCAGAGGGGAAUGGGGGAAGUGUUCAAUGAAAUACCUUAAAAUUCAAUGGUGAAGGAAAGGUUGGGGUUUGUGGGUUCUAACACUAGAUGUGGUUUUCCAGCUUUGGAAUUAUUUCACAGAUUCUCUGCAUGCUAAAUGAGCUAGAAAAAGGUACCCACAAUUCUAUCGGACUGCCAUCUCUGCUUCAGAAGGUCACAAAAUCCUUUAAACUGUUGAAGUAGGUUUAAAGCGCAGUCAUUGAUUUGAUUGAUUAAAUUGAAGAAUACAACAUGGAAAUAAGCCAUUGGACCCUCCACAUCCACACUGUUUAUAGAACAUCAUAGUCUUCUAGGAAAGUGUGAUAACAUAGAGAACUAGUACUAUGUAAUCCCACUUUCACAUCAACUCCCCACACACUAGGGACAAUUUACAGAGGCCAAUUAACCUGUAAACCCGUACGUCUUUGGGAUAUAGGGAGAAAACAAAGAACUCGGGAGAAACCCACACAGUCACAGGGAGAACGUGCAAACUCCACACAGAUAGCACCCGAGGUCAGCAUCAAGCCCAUGCAGCUUGCGCUGUGAGGCAGCAGCUCUACCCGCUGUGCUACUGUGUCAAUCUGAUAUUUGUAGUAAAUGCAAAAGCCAGUUCUCAUACACAGCUCGUAGUGCCGCUGCCUCACAGCUCCAGUGACAUGAGUUCAAUCUUGACCUCGGGUGCUGUUUGUGUGGAGCUUACAAUAUUAUUUAUUGUAAUUGUUGAUUGAGGUGUUAACUUGGAUACCAGCGAUGAAUCCUUUGCUCUUUUCCUGGAGGAAUGCCAUGAAAUCUUUUAAGUUCUUAUGAGGGAGUAGAUCGGGCCUCAAUCUCAUUUGAAAACAAAAUAUUUUAUCUCCUUUGGCUUAAAUGGCCAGAACAAAGCCAGCUGUAAGGGGGAGGCCAAGUUUUUGGGAUUGUUGUGAAGAGAAAGAAUAUUAGUGAUUGUCACUUCCACGCCAGAAUGGAUAAUUCUGAGAAAUAUAUAAAUUGAAUCUCCCAAAAGACUGCAUCAAACAAAACAUUUUUUUGUAUAUAAAAUUAUGAGAGGCAUAACUAGGGUAACGGUCAGAAUCUUUUUCUCAGGAUGGAAAAAUCAAAUAAUAGAGGGCAGAGUUUUAAGGUAAGAAGGGCAAUGUUUAAAGGAGAUAUGUGGGGCAAUUAUUUUACACGGAGGGUGGUGAGUGCCUGGAACUCGCUGCUGCGGAAGAUGGUGGAGGCAGAUACGAUUGUGGUGUUAGAUACAUUUGGAUGGACAAAUGGAUAUGCAGGGAAUGGAGGGAUAUGGAUUAUGUGCAGGCAGAUAAGGGUUGGCCUUGGCAUCAUGUUUGGCACAGAACAGCUUCUUCCCAGCACCCAUCAUGCCCUUGAGCACUGCACAACAAUGACCACUACCUCAGCAUCUAUGAUCUUCCAUGGAGACACAAGAGACGGCAGAUUCUGCAAUCUUGAGCAAAACACAAAGCACCGGAGGAACCCAUUGGGCCAGGCAGCAUUGUGGAGGAAUGGCAGGUGGGAAGGAAGUUACUCCACUGAGUUACUCCAGCAUUUUAUGUUUAUCUUUGGUUUAAACCAGCAUCUGCAGUUCCUUCCUACGCUUGGGGAGGAAUGGACAGGCGAUGUUUCAGUUCGACAUAAAAUGUUGUCUGUCUAUUCCCUGUCCAGUUGCUGAAUGUACUUCUAUGGACUGAUUCUUUAGUUGCACUACAGGCUUUGGCAUUGCACUAUUAUGAUGAUCUUGUAAUUUGAUUUCUAAUUUGUUGUGUUAAUUAACCUGUUAAGCUGCAACCAGUUAUAAUUUUAUUGUUCCUUUGCUGAUACAUUUGGUACUAUAUUAAACAUUCUUAAUUCUUAUGUAGCUUAGCAUAGAUUUUUUGUUUGAUUCCGCUCCUGUGAAGCUCCUCGGGAUAUUAUCCAUCGUAGGUAAGUGGAACGGCGGCACAGUAGCAGAGCUGGUAGAGUCACUGCCUGGCAGCAUCAGGAACCCGAAUUCCAUCCUGACCUCGGGUGCUGCCUGUGUGGAGUGUGACCAAAUGGGUUUCCUCUGGGUGCUCCGGAUUAUUUUCACAUCCCAAAGACGUGUGCGUUUGUAGGUUAAUUGUUCAAUGUAAAUUGCACCUCGUGUGUAAGGAGUGGUGGAAUCUGCAUGGAGGUUGAUGAGAAUGAGGUGAGUUUAAAAAACGGGAUUAGUGCAGGAUUAAUAUAAAGGGGUGGUUGGUUCUUGGUUGGUAUGGACUCAGUAGGUCAAAGGGUCUGUUUCCGUGUCGUAUAUCUCUCUGACACUAUGUUACUAGUGUCUGAAGAAGCGUCCUGACCACAAAGCAUCGCCUGUCCAUACCCUGUAGGCUUAGGUUUAUUAUUGUCACGUGUACUGAGGUACAGUGAAAAGCUUUGUUUUGAAUGCUUGAUAUACUGUACAAUCGAGUCCAACUCGUACAACAGGUAGAGCAAUGGAGAAGAUACAGAGCACAGAAUAUAUUUCUCAGCAUCGUAGUGAUUCAGGUCCAUAGACAAAGUCCCAUGUCCAUAAUGAGAUAUAGGUGAAUUGGACAGUGCCCUAGCUAAUGGAAAGACUUCAGAAGCCUGAUAAUGGAGUAGAAGCAGUUCCUGAGUUCCUGAAUCUAUCAAAGCUUCUGUACCUCUGCCCAACGGGAGCACGGAGAAGAGGAAUGGCCCUCCUCCAAAGAUGCCACCCUCCAGUACUUUGUGUUUUACUCAAGAUAACAGCAUCUGCAGUUUCUUGUGUCUCGAAGCUGUUAGUGUUGUUGGACCUGCUCUGCUUCCUCCUGUGCUCUGCGUGGUGCUGUGCGUUCACAUUUCAAAAAGCAACUUUCCUUUUAGAUGUGCAGAUCACCCUCCGACCCUUCCCCUCCCCUUCCCUGCGCUCGCUUCAGACUCCUGCGCAAUGCAAUACGUGACUGCGCUUCUGCUGGUGUGUUGAGAAGCUUCGUCUGGUCACAUUAAUAGUUGGGGGAGGGAGGAUGGAGGGGGGGAAGAGAGACAGAAAGAGAUGCAAGCACCAUAACACCGGUCCAAUGCAGCCGAUUGCAGAGUCCGAUCCCGAGGAAAUCCCAGCUUUGAAACCCUGCGUUUGAUCGUUGUACCCGAUGCAUUGAUUGUCAGGACCUGCACAGCCAUGGAAAAUGAUCAAAGUAUUACAACAUGCACAACAACUACCACUGUCAGCACAUCUCCCAGGGCUCAGGGUCCUCAAAUCUCAGUCUACAGCAGCUCGGACCGACAAGCUGUUCAGGUGAUCCAGCAAGCCUUGCACCGACAGCCCAGCACUGCAGCCCAGUACCUGCAGCAGAUGUAUGCCGCGCAGCAGCAGCAUUUAAUGCUGCAGACCGCAGCACUGCAACAGCAACAGCUGAGCAGCACCCAGAUCCAGAGCUUGACAUCCGUCCAGCAGGGAGGCGGACGUCAGUCAUCUUCUCCAACAGGAGGCGCCAGUCAACAACAGAGUGGGUCACAAACCUCAAUUAAUCUCUCGCCUCCCUCCGCUGCCCCUCAGCUGGUGAGUCGCACCCAGACUGCAAACGCCUCGGGCAGUGGCAUCACCCAACAAGCCAUGUUGCUCGGCAACACCACCCCAACCCUCACUGCCAGCCAAGCCCAGAUGUAUCUCAGAGCCCAGAUGCUGAUUUUCACUCCCACUGCUACUGUAGCCACUGUCCAGCCAGACAUUCCUGUUGCUUCCUCCUCCUCUUCGGUAUCUGCACCCACUCAGGUUCAUAAUCUAGCGGUUCGGAGCCAGCAAUUGGGAGUGCUGCCCGCUCCAUCUCCUCAAAGCGUCCCGCUGAAAGGCACGUGUCAGACGCAGCCCCUCUCAAUGAGCCACGUGAAGACAGCCGGCCAAAGUGUCUCCUCCAAGAUCAACGUGUUAGAACCGGGCCCCGAGAACGCCAAGAAAGGGGAGAACCUGACCCCGUCCAGCAUCGAGUCUCGCGUCUCCACGGUAACCCGGCUGCAGAUUCCGACAAGCGCACAGCAACUCAUCGCUCCUGCUCCCUACACCCCGAUGCAGCACCAGUUGAUGAAGCAGCAACUGCCCCAGCAACAGACCCUGCCCAAGCUCCUAAUCCAGCACAGGCCGCAGCUGCAGCCCCUGGCCCCCGAGCCCUGCCCUCCACCCCAUCACCCACCCCCUCCCCAUCCCCACUGCGUCUCGACCCAGGCCCACAGCCAGCCGCUCAGCCAGCCCUCACCCCACCCCUCAGCCCACCCUCAUCCGCAGUCCCAGCAGCAAACGGUGGUGGUCUCCCCAGUCCUGCCCCGCUCCCCACCCCGCUCGCCAUUGCCUCCUCCCAGCAUCAUUGUGCAGCCGCAGUCCCUCACCCCUACCCAGCUGGUCCCCGGCCCAGCCCAUCGCUCGCCGGUGGCUCAGAUCGGACCCCUGCGACAGGCCCGUCCCCCCCUGAACGUCCCUCCCCCCCUGAACAUCCCGGCCCACCCGCUGCAGUCGGUGCGGGCUCUGGCUCUCGGGCCAGACAUCGUUUCCUCCACCCAGGUGCUGCCCCAGACGGUCCUACAUGCCAGGGAGCAGCUGCCCGCUGCCCAGGCCCUGAUCCAGAUGCCCUUCCAGGCUCUGCCUCCGCCUCAGACCAUCGCCGUCAACCUCCAGGUCCACGCCUCGCCCCCUGUUGACGUCCCCCUGGUAUGCUCGGUGGAAGAUAACUGUGACCAGGAGAUGAGGGAGGAGCAUGAAGAAUGCUUCGCAGCUCGAAGAGGAGUCUCACCACUCACCUCCCACUCCGAAUCCUCCAUCUCGGCGGCGGAAGGGGAAACACAGACAAUCGGGAACGUUUGCCAAGAAGGACGGGAGACUCCAGUUGUAACCUCAGCGAGCGCCUCAGUCAUCCGGUCGUCUGCUGAUACACUGCUCCUCGCCAGCGCCUCGGCCCCUGCCUCCCUCCCCGCCACGUCGAAGCCCAGCGGAGCUGCCCACAACACGGGAAUCCUUCCGGGCACAGAUAGCAAGCCACCCCAGGCCAUCGUGAAGCCACAGAUCCUGACCCACGUCAUCGAGGGCUUUGUCAUCCAGGAGGGGCUGGAGCCAUUCCCCGUGAGUCGUUCCUCGCUACUGACGGAGCAGCCGGUCAAGCAGAAGGUGCCAAGUGACGCCCCAGUCUCGCCACCCGCCUCUGCACCUCCGUCAGCCGGAGGAGAAAUGCAGGGCAACACGAGCAAAUCACUGGAGGAGUCCCUCGACAGCGACGUGGAUGAACUGACGGGAGAAGAAGGGAUGGAGGGCAGUGAUCCAGACAUGCUCAAGUGCGAGUUCUGUGGGAAGAUGGAUUACGCUCACAAAUUCAGGAGGUCAAAGCGCUUCUGCUCCAUGUCCUGUGCCAAAAGGUACAACGUGGGCUGCAGCAAGCGGAUGGGGCUUUUUAAAUCGGACAAGAGCUCGCGGUGGAACAGGAAGUCAGAGCCCCAUGUGUUCGGUCGACGGGGGAGGAGGUGCAGUAUCCUCGAAGGAGCAUCAGGCGACCAUUUUAUGAGACAGGUGCCGGUUGGUUUCCCUCCUGCAGAAGAGGCCGUGCCGGCCGCCUCCAACCCUCCGCUUGCCGAGGAGGCCGUCAGUGUCGCCAUGACGACCCGGCGUCGGCAGAACGAGCGGGAGAGGGAGCUGCGGGAGCUGAGGAUGCGGGAGAACUCGGAGUGCAGCGACGUGCUCCAAGCUGACCCCACCCUCUGGACCGUCGAUCACGUGUGGGAGUUCAUUCACUCUCUGCCAGGUUGCAAGGACAUAGCUGAGGAAUUUCGAUCCCAGGAGAUUGAUGGGCAGGCUCUGCUCCUAUUGAAGGAAGACCAUCUCAUGAGUGCCAUGAACAUCAAGUUGGGCCCAGCGCUCAAGAUUUGUGCCCGCAUCAACAUGCUGAAAGAAUCCUAACCGGCAUAAAAGCUGCUAAACUCCUCCAUAUUGCUGAUGUUGAAGAGGACAGGCGUUAAUGUCCAAGCAAAUAUUAUGGAAUGAUUGUGCAUAUAUCUGCAAGGAUAUUGUGCGGGACAGUGACCGCACAAGAUCCGUGUGAUGUUCGCUGAGACUUCCUUCUCUUCACAUGCAGAAGCUCCUAGACCUCAUUGUGACACUUCAAAGAAUGUUGCCGUGGAAGGUCUUUGCCAAAUACAGAUACCUAAUGAUUCAAUUUCCAUGUGUGUGUUGCCAAAGGGGUUUCAGUUACCCGAACGUGACCUCAUCUCAACCAGCAGGACCUACUGCCUCCACCCACCGCUUCCUAUUUUGUGGACACAAGGAACUGCAGAUGCUAGAAUCUGAGGAAAAAAACCACAGAUUUACAGUGCAUCAACCAAGCUGCCAACAGCGUACAUAUGAGGAUAAAGGGAAUAAUGUUUAGUGCAAGGAGGUCCUUAAAAGUCCGAUUGAAGUUAGUCUGAGAAGCCAAUAAGGUAGAUGGUGGUUCAGGAUCGCUCUCUAGUUGGUGAUAGGAUGGUUCAGUUGCCUGAUAAUAGUUGGGAAGAUACUGAAUCUGGAGAUGUGCCGAGGCAGUGUAAAGUGUAGAUGGAGUCAAUGGAAGGGAGGUUGGUUUGCGUGAUGGUCUGGGCUGCAUCCACAAUUCUCUGCAAUUGCUUUCGGUUUUGGAUGGAGCUAUUGCCAAACCAUGCUGUGAUACAUCCCGAUAAAAUGUUUUCUAUGGCAGGUACUUUGAUAAUCUUUAAAAAAACAUUUGGACAGGUGCAUGGAUAGGAAUGGUUCAGAGGGAUAUGGGCCAAAUGUGGGCAGGUGGGACUAGUGUAGAUGGGGCAUCAUGGGCAAGUUGGGCCAAAGGGUCUGUUUCUGUGCUCUAUGACUUUAUGCUUAGCUCUUAGUCACCAGUUUGGCUUAAAGAUUGUUCAUGGAACUAUGGCCCAGCAAAAGCCCAAAGAGGAGAGAAUUAAUAAACUUCAUUACAAGAAUCGGGUGUAUUGGGUUCCACCUCAUCUGGGCUGAUCACAGACAUGGCCGCUCUCAGUUUAAAAACACUGUGCAGACUGGAUGGAAGAUGCCACUGGCUUUGACAUCGCCAUCAUUUUAAAUUAUUAUCCAACACCUCUUCCAUCUGCCCCCCCCCCCCCCCCCAUCCCAAAAUUGAUAUUGACCAUGGCAUACAGUGACACAGCUGGUGAAACCGCUGCCUCACAGCGGCAAUGGCGCGGGUUUGAUUCUUGCCUUGACUGCUGUCUGUGUGGAGUUUGCACAAUUUCCCCUUGAAGGCGUGGGUUUUCUCCAGGUGCUCGGGUUUCCCCUCACCUCCCAAAGAUCUGGGGAUUUGCAGAUGUGGGUGAAUGAGAAAGUGGGAUAACAUAGAACUGGUGUGAAC